AUGGCAAACAUCGACCUAGAGGGAUUAUUGAAGGAACUGCCCAGCGAUGGGCGAGUGCCGAAAACUAAAAUUGUAUGCACUCUCGGACCAGCCUCACGUUCAGUUCCAAUGCUGGAGAAGCUGCUGAGGGCGGGGAUGAGUGUGGCCCGGUUCAACUUCUCCCACGGAACGCAUGAAUACCACCAGGAGACGCUGGACAAUCUCAAGAUCGCCAUGCAGAAUACCCAGAUCCUAUGUGCCGUCAUGCUUGAUACCAAGGUCUGCUCCCACUCUUCUGAUCUUCUUGGACUGAGAUCGAAUCAUACAGCUGUCAUCUCUCUGGUUCCAGUUCCAUUUAAAUAAAUGCAGGAGGAAAACGGUUUGUUUGAGGAUCUCUGGGUGCUUUUUUCUUCAUUUCUGGCGGAGGAUUGGCCUCUGGGAGAAAAAUCAUCAGUGGGAAAGUCUUCUUUACAGGGUCACGAUCCAGAUGCGAAGGAAGUAUUUUAACGCCAAGUAUUUGAGGAGCUUUCCUUUCAUAAUCUUAAGGAAAAUAAAUGUGACAAUGGAUAAUAGGGAUUUAUAUAACCUUGGAGAGUUACAAGCGAUUUUCCCUCUUCAUAGGAUUCAAUUCUGGGGAAAGCAUUUCAUUGGCCCUAUUCUUUGGAUAAUAAGCGGUUGUUGUAGACAAAAAAUAAAAUAAAAUUUCAGGUAUCAGUUUUUUUCUGAUUUUCUGGCCAUGAUCCCCAUUGAAAGCCGUAGAUGUUGCUCCUGCUUUUCUACUUUUAGGAAGAAUCAGAGAACGAAGAGCCCUUUGACAGAUUGAUCUGACAUGGUUGGUGGCUGCUUAGGUCAGACUAGACACAGAAGAACUUCAGUGAUGGUAUUGUGCUAAGCAAUUCUCCCCCCCUAAGCUGUUCAUCGUCAUAUUGACAAGUCUGCCAAGCACCAUAAAUGAGGAGGACCGAGUUAAAUGGGGGCUGGUGUUCUUACCAGCCAUGUAGAGGGCUAUUAUGGAACGAAAGUGAAGAAUACGUUGACGAGUUUCAGAGAUUCAUCAUUGAUCAUUAAUGGGUUUACUCCCAGAAAAACAUCAUUUACAGGGCAUUGGAUUGAACAUUAGGAUCGAUCAGGUCCCUCGGCUGUUUAGUAGGCUCUGAAGAAGAAAGAACAUUGUAUCUUAGACGAGUGUUCCAAAAUCGUAGAGCUUGUCAUGUGCUUCUUUUCUAUUCUUUUUUUUUUUUUUGUUUGCACUUCGAUACAGCUAUUUUGCCAAAUAAACAAAUGAAAAUUUCCUGCAACGAAGAUUUAUUGUUUGGUCAAACUGAUAGUGAAAGACAUGUGGGAAGUGAUGUACAGCGGAUGUUGCUCAGAAUUUUCUUUUUGACCAAAGUGGCAUGGCGAAUAUUCAUUUAAUCUCUAAUUCAUGCCUUGCUUGAUUCAAUCCUUUACACGGUGGUUCUUAGUUCCUUCCUUGCUGAAGUCAAUUUGGGUGGAUAAAAACUUUUUCACAGUGCUUUGAAGACAGUUGGCUGGUAGGGAAACCACUUCAAUGUCUGUAUAUUCAGAACGGUAGUUCGUCCUAUAUAUUCAGGCCUCACCAAAACACCCCAGAAUGAAAAUCUUGCCCAGCCUGGAAGUUUCUCCAUCUGCGACAGUGCCCAUAGUUCCAUUCCCUGAAACUGUUGACUUAAUACGAGAGAAGAUGGACGGAUGGAGAUCUAUAUAAAAUUUGAUUUAUUUCCUUUACAGCCUGAUGAUUUAUUUUGCUAUGUUUUUGCAUCAGAAGUUAUUUUAUGUAUCCUUCCCUUUCCUUAACAGGAAGUUUUGGCUGGAAAAUAUUGUAAGUAAACUCUUGAAAUUAUUUUAUUUGAAAAAAUAAUCCGUUGACCGAGUGCAUUGCUUUCCAAAUUUUCUCCUUGUUCUUUGUUUUCAGAUGCACCUCUUGCUCUUUGAGAAUCCACUAUAUGGUUUUAAUGAAUUCAUUUCUUUAUCAUUGUGUGUGAUGGGUGAUCUGAACUCCGUACCCUCUCUUUCUCACUCCAUCUCAGGGACCAGAGAUUCGUACUGGGUUCCUGAAGGAUGGAAAGCCCAUCCAGUUGAAGGAGGGUCAAGAAAUCACAGUAUCCACCGACUACGCCCUUAAGGGAGAUGAAAGCACGAUUACCAUGAGCUACAAGAAACUUCCUGUAGAUUUGAAGCCUGGAAACACCAUAUUGUGUGCGGAUGGUACAAUAACUCUCUCGGUUCUGUCAUGCGACCCGGCUUCUGGGACUGUGAGAUGUCGUUGCGAAAACACUGCAGUCUUGGGUGAGAGAAAGAACGUCAAUCUGCCAGGUGUGGUGGUGGAUCUCCCCACGCUGACCGAUAAGGAUAAGGAAGACAUCCUGGAAUGGGGCGUGCCCAACAAGAUUGAUAUGAUCGCAUUGUCAUUUGUGCGCAAGGGAUCUGAUCUGGUUCAUGUUCGUCGUGUUCUUGGGCCUCAUGCAAAGAGCAUCAAGCUGAUGUCGAAGGUAUAAUCUGAAGUUAAUUCAUUUUUCUCCAACUUAUAUUCCAUGCUCUUACAUGUUCCAUGAAUAUCUGCCAUUUUUCCCCACUUGUUUCUUUAGUGAUGUAAUCACUUUGAUUGUGUACAGUUCUGAUCGGUUCCUAUAUUCGUGUUGCUCGGGAUUUUUCGUCUAAUUUCAUUGCUAAAAAAUGCUUCUUUUUUUUACCAAAAUCCGUAAAAAAAAUGUGUAGAGAUUUUUUUUUUCCUUUUCGGCUACUAUCUGACGGCUAGAAAUUUAUAAGAGUGUUCCCUUUAUGCUAUCAGGCUGCAGCAGUCUUUUUGUUUAAAAAUGCUUUAAGCUGUUCCUGUUGGAACGAGCACCUGUUCUUAGGCUUCCAGUGUUUUUCAAGCAGAUGGACUGCUGGUUGAGCUCCCUCUCUGUUUCCUUUUCUCACACUUCGCCUUGUUCUGAUCUCCGCUCUGUUUUCAAGGUUGAGAACCAGGAGGGGGUGCUGAACUUCGAUGAGAUUCUGAGGGAGACGGACUCUUUCAUGGUUGCUCGAGGCGAUCUUGGGAUGGAGAUCCCCGUCGAAAAGAUCUUCCUCGCCCAGAAGAUGAUGAUCUACAAGUGCAACCUUCUCGGUAAGCCCGUGGUGACCGCCACUCAGAUGCUGGAGUCCAUGAUCAAGUCUCCCCGCCCGACGCGCGCGGAGGCCACCGACGUCGCCAAUGCCGUCCUCGACGGGACCGACUGCGUCAUGCUCAGCGGAGAAAGUGCAGCAGGGGCCUACCCAGAGAUUGCCGUCAAGGUCAUGGCCAAGAUCUGCAUCGAAGCGGAGUCAUCGCUCGACUACGGCGCCAUCUUCAAGGGGAUGAUCAGGUUGACCCCUCUUCCGAUGAGCCCACUGGAGAGCCUCGCAUCAUCAGCUGUCCGAGUGGCCAACAAGGCCAGGGCCACUCUGAUCGUCGUUCUGACCCGCGGUGGCACCACCGCAAAGCUCGUUGCCAAGUAUCGCCCUGCCGUCCCGAUCCUGUCGGUCGUCGUCCCCAUGCUCACUACUGAUUCCUUCGACUGGACGGUCAGCGACGAGGGCCCAGCUCGGCAGAGCCUUGUUCACCGGGGGCUGAUCCCAUUGCUGGCGGAGGGUUCUGCAAAGGCCACUGACGCCGAGUCAACCGAGGUCAUCUUGCAGGCGUCCCUCAAGUCGGCUGUGCAGAAGCAGCUCUGCAAGGUGGAUGACGCUGUCGUCGUCCUUCACCGCAUCGGUGCCGCAUCAGUAAUCAAGAUCUGUGUCGUGAAGUGA